AUGCUGCAUCAGUUUGAAAACACUCCCCAGCAGUAUGCUCUGCAGGAGCCGGCCUCUGCCAGCGCUCCGUCGGUUGCUCUGCGCUCGACCGAGGCCGUCAACGGCAACCACUUCGAUUUUACCUUUGAGGCCGUCCGCCCGGGCGUCUUCCGCACGACCUUUGCCUCCCCAAGCCACCCGCUUCCGCCGUUUCCCAGUGCCAAGCGCGUUGAGACAAGCUCCUCUGUUGAGGUACCCAAGACCUCGCUUGACGCUGCCAGCAAGACCUUCUCCGUCGUCUCCGCCGAUGUCACGGCCACCGUUGACUGGUCCGGCGCGCCCAUUGUCUCUCUGACCCGUGAGGGCGUCGCCAGGCCGCUGUACCGCGACAUGGCGUACCGCUCGUAUGUCGUCGACGGCCCCGGCGUGGCCCACUACUCCUCCUACAAGAAGGACGACCUCUACGUCGGCCUCGGCGAAAAGGCCGGCCCCAUGAACCUGGCCGGCCGCGGCUUCCAGAUCACGGCCAGCGAUACCUUUGGCUACGACGCUCUGCUCACCGACCCGCUCUACAAGCACAUCCCCCUGCUGCUGCACGUCAGCCGCCCGGCGCCCGGGCAGCCCAGCGGUCCGUGUGUCGGUCUCUUCUCGACGUCGCACAGCCGCGGCACCUGGAACGUCGGCUCCGAGAUCGACGGCAUGUGGGGCCACUUCAAGGUCUACCGCCAGGCCUACGGCGGCCUCGAGCAGUACCUGCUGGUGGGCCACAGCGUCGCCGAGGUCGUGCGCCUGUACGCCGACGUCGUCGGCUACCCGCUGCUGACGCCGCGCUACAUGAUGGGCUACGUCAGCGGCGGCAUGAAGUACACCAUGGAGGACGAGCCGCGCGCCGCCGACGUCAUUGUCGGCUUUCUCGACAAGUGCGCCGCCCACGACAUCCCCGUGUCGGCCUUCCAGAUGAGCUCCGGGUACACCAUUGCCGAGCAGCCGCCCAAGACGCGCAACGUCUUCACGUGGAACUACCACCGGUUCCCCGACCCGCGCGCCUUCACGGCCGCCUGCCACAAGCGCGGUGUGCGCCUGCUGGCCAACAUCAAGCCGUACGUGCUGGCGAACCACCCGGCGUACCCUGGCCUGAAGGCGGCCAAUGCCUUUUUCAAGGACCCCAGCGCCCCCCACAAGGACAAGGACGGCGGCGACGCCCUGCAGACCGGCGUUGCCCGCCUCUGGAGCGCCGGCGGCGGCGAGAGCGGCGAGGGCAGCCACAUCGACUUUACGAGCAAGGCGGGCUUCCAGUGGUGGUACGACGGCGCCAAGGCGCUCAAGGGCGUCGGCAUCGACGCCAUGUGGAACGACAACAACGAGUACAACAUUUUCAGCGACGACUGGGAGUGUGCGCUGGAGACGGUGCCCAUACCCGCGUCCCUCACGAGCCGCAAGAUUGGUCUGUGGGGCCGCGCCAUGCACACGGAGCUCAUGGGCAAGAGCUCGUACGACGCCUGCGCGGACGCCGUGCCCGACGAGCGCCCGCUGGUGCUGACCCGCUCGGCCACCGCCGGCACCAUGCGCUAUGCCUGCUCGUCGUGGAGCGGGGACAACGUGACCAGCUGGGACGGCAUGCGCGGCGCCAACGCCAUGUCUCUGAAUGCCGGUGUGUCGCUGCUGCAGUGCUACGGCCACGACAUUGGCGGCUUCGAGGGCCCGCAGCCCACGCCCGAGCACCUGGUGCGCUGGGUCCAGAUCGGCGUGCACCAGCCGCGCUUUGCCAUCAACUGCUACAAGACCUCGGAGGACGACAAUCUCGUGGGCGGCGUCAUCGAGCCCUGGAUGCACCCCACGGCCACGCCCCUCGUGCGCGCCGCCAUCAAGCGCCGCUACGAGCUCGUGCCCUACACCUACUCGGGCGCCCUCCAGUCCCACCUGACGGCCCCGCCCUCGAUGCGCUGGACCGGCUGGGGCUACGAGACCGACCCCGAAGUCUGGACCGCCCCGCUCCUGGCGGGCGACACCCAGUUCUGGUUCGGCGACGCCCUCCUUGUCGGCGGCGACGGCAUCUAUGUGCCUGGCUCGUCCGAGGCGCGCGUCUACCUGCCCACGGGCGAUGCGACGGCCGCCGGCUUCCUGAACGUCAACGCCCCCCACGAGUGGCUGCCCGCCGGCCAGUGGCACACCAUCAGCAGCGCCUGGCACGCGUCCAUCCCCGUGCUGGCCCGCUGCGGCAGCGCCGUCCCCGUCGGCCGCAACCUGCCCACGACGAGCCGCAAGAACGGCCGCCACGCCGAGGCCGAGCAGACCGAGUUCCCUAGCAUCGCGCUGGACGACUGGCGCGGUGUCGAAGUGUACCCGGCGCCAGCCACUGUCUCGGGCGGGGCCGGUGGUGCCAAAGAUUCUACCUUCACAACCACCUGGCUGGAAGACGACGGCAUCUCGGCCGAGGGCCGCUCGCCCAUCUACGAGAUUUCCGUGGCAUACACCCCCUCGGCCGGUGCCAUCGAGGUCGCCGCCUCGGCCGCCCCCAAGAUGGCUUCCACGGCCCAGGGCGACGACGUCCCCAGCUCGUGGGCCCCGCUGUGGCUGUCCAACGGCCUUGACGUCAUCCUGCCGGUGGGCGAGGAGCGCGUGGUCAAGGCCGCGGGCGGCCAGGCGGUCGAGGACAAGGGCCGCGACACCAAGGGCCGCCGGGUGUACCACAUUGCCGUGAAGGUGUAG